CUCAUUUUCUAGAUCAAUCCUCCUAUUAUUCUCAUUCUCCAACAAUUUUCACAUCUCACCCUCUCUCUCUCUGUCUGCUCUCAACUCUUCACACUCUCUCACACACGGAGAAAGCCUAGCCUUCGACUUCGGAGGUUGGCUUGCUCUUCUUCGAUCUUCGAUUUCCUCUCUCUCCGUCGUCGUUCUUGGUUAUCUAAGGUUUGUAAAAAAUGGCCGAUGCUGAGGAUAUCCAGCCCCUCGUUUGCGACAAUGGAACUGGAAUGGUGAAGGCUGGAUUUGCUGGUGAUGAUGCUCCCAGGGCAGUGUUCCCCAGUAUUGUGGGCCGACCCCGACACACUGGUGUCAUGGUUGGUAUGGGGCAGAAGGAUGCCUAUGUGGGUGAUGAAGCCCAAUCCAAGAGGGGUAUUCUUACUUUGAAAUAUCCUAUUGAGCACGGUAUUGUCAGUAAUUGGGAUGACAUGGAAAAGAUCUGGCAUCACACAUUCUACAAUGAGCUUCGUGUUGCUCCUGAAGAGCACCCAGUGCUUCUCACUGAGGCUCCUCUUAACCCCAAGGCCAACAGGGAAAAGAUGACUCAAAUCAUGUUCGAGACCUUCAAUGUGCCUGCAAUGUAUGUUGCUAUCCAGGCUGUUCUCUCUCUGUAUGCCAGUGGUCGUACAACUGGUAUUGUGCUGGACUCUGGUGAUGGUGUGAGUCACACUGUGCCUAUCUACGAAGGGUAUGCCCUCCCACAUGCCAUCCUCCGUCUGGACCUUGCUGGUCGUGAUCUCACUGAUGCUUUGAUGAAGAUUCUCACCGAGAGAGGGUACAUGUUCACCACCACUGCUGAGCGGGAAAUUGUCCGUGACAUGAAGGAGAAGCUUGCAUAUGUUGCCCUUGACUAUGAGCAGGAACUUGAGACUGCCAAGAGCAGCUCCUCCGUAGAGAAGAACUACGAGCUGCCUGAUGGGCAAGUCAUCACAAUUGGAGCUGAGAGAUUCCGAUGCCCAGAAGUCCUCUUCCAGCCAUCUCUCAUCGGAAUGGAAGCUGCUGGAAUUCACGAGACCACCUACAACUCUAUCAUGAAGUGUGAUGUGGAUAUCAGAAAGGAUCUUUAUGGAAACAUUGUUCUUAGUGGUGGUUCAACCAUGUUCCCUGGUAUUGCUGACCGGAUGAGCAAGGAGAUCACUGCACUUGCCCCAAGCAGCAUGAAGAUUAAGGUUGUGGCACCACCAGAGAGGAAGUACAGUGUCUGGAUCGGAGGAUCAAUCCUUGCAUCCCUCAGCACCUUCCAGCAGAUGUGGAUUUCCAAGGGUGAGUACGACGAGAGUGGUCCAUCCAUUGUUCACAGGAAGUGCUUCUAAAUUCUACAACAGUGCUUUGAUGGUGAGUUUUAUUUCCAUUUAGUUGGCUUUUCGUGUCAUGUGUCAUGUGAACUCGAUUUGGUUGACGUGGAGAAGUGUUGGGGUAGUAUCACUGAAGGAGGGUAUGAUAUUUUGAUCUUGAUGUAUCGAAUCAAAGCUUUUCAUCUGCGCGUGAGAGGCUUUUAAUUGUCCUCUGGAUGUGGUUCGCACAAAAUUGGUCCUCAAAGUCCUUGCUCACCUUGCAUUAUCUGUGGUUCAACCAUGUCCUUUAGUAGGAUGUUUGUAGCAGGAGAGUGAUUGUGCUGCUUUUUUCCCUUUUAAUUUUUUUUUUCCUCUUUCCAUAUUUGACGGUUUUUUUUCCCUGGGAACAUUAAUGUUAAUAGCUAUUGUAUGAGAAAAUUUUUAUGCUAGUGUCAGUUUGCGGUCAUAAACUUUCUAUGAAAAUUAUAUUUAAUUACUGGCUUGAAAGCUUGUGAAGUA